ACUUGUAUUGUAAAAAAUGUUAUAGAACGCCUUUGUAUAAAUUCCAAUGGCCUAUCAAUUAAUGAGUUCACUGUCUAUCGCCAUAUAACAAAAAAAAUGGCGUUUACACUCACUCCCUUGGACUAUACCCAAGAUCGCAGCCCAAAAUGUUGA